GGCUCCUUUAAAUCUCCUCCGAGGAAAAGGGGGAGGAGCCUCAGUGGCGGAAGCGCCUCUCUUCGUUUUCCACGCUUGUCAAAUGGGACGUUGUUGUUUUUUUAACUGAAAGUUAAGUCCACACCGGACUCAAUUUGAAGUGGCCAAGUUGUUGUUGUGUUGUGGAACUCUCUUGAUGCAAAUGAUGUCGGACUCCAUCAAAAACGUCGCAAUAUUUGGAGCCACGGGAAUGACCGGGCUGGCGACCCUCCCGCUCGCCGUGGCUGCAGGAUACAACGUGACGGUGCUGGUGCGGGACCCCACCAAGCUGCCCGCCGACCACAAGGUCGCCAGAGUGGUGGUGGGGGACGUGCUCAACAAAGAGGACGUGAAAAAGACGUUGGAGGGGCAGGACGCUGUUGUCAUCAUCCUGGGCACCAGGAACGACCUGAGCGCGACCACCAUGAUGUCUGAAGGCACCAAGAACAUCAUUGAAGCCAUGAGGGCUCGUGGGAUCUGCAAGGUGGUCGGCUGCAUGUCGGCCUUUCUGCUGUGGGAUCGCUCCAAAGUCCCCCCCCGGAUGCUUCCUGUGACACAGGACCACGAGAGGAUGCACGCGCUCCUCAAAUCAUCAGGGCUGGACUACGUGGCUGUCAUGCCUCCUCACAUUGCUGAUGACCUCCCUCUGACCGAGAGCUACCUGGUGGCGGAAAACAUGCUAAAGGGAAGAGCCAUUUCUAAACACGACCUGGGACACUUCUUCGUCAAGUGCUUGUCCACCACAGAGUGGGACAGCAAGACCGUUGGAGUGUGGGGAGAGUAUAAAUAAUCCUGCUGAAUCGUCCGGAGAGGGAAGGGGCUUUGGAUCUCUUCAAGAUUGCCAUUCUGAAUAGAAAAACCCAUGUUAAUGAUGAGAAUGUUGGAGAUAAAUGACCAGCAGUACACGUGAAGAUAGAAAUUACCAGCGUGAUGUGAACAACAAAUGCUUCCCUGUGUCUUUUUAGUUAUUUUAUCAUGAGUAUAAAGCACUGAGGAGGUGCUUGCUUUGCGAAAGCAGAAUGAAACUCCACAGAAAUUCCACAUGUGGCUGUUUACACUGCUUCACAGCUUUUCUGCCCGCCCCGCUUUUUUGUUAUAGCUGUUGGAAAUAAAAUACUUUGUUGUGCUGAAA